AAAGCCGCAACACGGCCAUUUUGUUCUAGACUGCAAGCGAGCAGGUUAGGCCUUGUCCGAGGACUCGUAGACGCUUCUCGUCAGUCCGGCUUCUCUGCUGAGCUCCUGACGUAGCUGUCGCCUUCCUGUUCCCGCAGCCAGAGGAGGUGUCCGCCGUUCGCUCCGGCCCGCGCUCUCUAGACCCACAGAAGCCCUCUCUUCAGCCGCCGCCAGCCUUUUCCUCUGCACUCCGUGCACCUAAUAAUAUCGCAUGUCCUCUAUCCAGAACCUCAACUCUUUCGGCUAGGAGAUGUAUUGUAAGAAAAUGGACAGAGAAAACAAUACCAACAAAAAAUAUGUGGUCCCGUCUGGUCAAAUGCUCGUUGGCUUGUGAGAGACUACAUAUAACCACAAAUGCUAAAAGACCCCUUUGCUGAUGCAACUAAGGGUGACGACUUACUCCCGGCAGGGACUGAAGACUAUAUCCAUAUAAGAAUUCAACAACGAAACGGCAGAAAGACUCUGACCACUGUACAGGGGAUUGCAGAUGAUUACGACAAAAAGAAACUUGUAAAAGCUUUCAAGAAGAAAUUUGCCUGUAAUGGUACUGUGAUUGAACAUCCAGAGUACGGUGAAGUCAUUCAGCUGCAGGGUGACCAGAGAAAAAACAUCUGUCAGUUUCUUAUGGAAAUUGGCAUUGUUAAGGAAGAACAGCUGAAGGUCCAUGGCUUCUGAGAUGUGAAUUACGUCACUCUUUUCUGCCAAGGCUGGCACUCUUAAAACAUGAAUAUUUGCAGUAGAAGGACUUUUAAUAUGUCUGAACAUUCAACUCUAGGUCCUUUUGUGCAUGAUUAUCAAAAAUGUGUAAAGAGUAGGCUAGUAACACAUAAAAAGAUAGCUGUUAGAUGGUAGGUUGGAACAAGGAGUUUUAGCACAUUUCCAAUGGAAAUGUUUUAGUGAUCUGUCAACUUUUUUCCACUUGAUUUGAUGUUUUUGUUGUAUUAAAUGUUUGUGGCUGCCUA